AUGAAGAGGCCUGCAGCUUCCUUGCAAAGGCCUGCUUCCAAGCAGGAGGAGCAGGAAGCUGAGCCAGAGGAGCCUGAGCAUGUUCCUUUGACUGCUCAGGCAGUCAAAGACCACAACAAGUUUUGUGAGGAGGCUCAAGGCAUGAGUGUUGGCCAGUUUGAGAAAGCCUUGUCCUGUCUGGAUGGUGCUGCAAGCCAAAGGCUUUGGAAAGCUUUCGAAAAGUCCAGGAAGUCUUCUGGAGAACAGGAGAAAUACCUGGAGGCCACCACCAGUGCCAAGGAAGGAAGCUUGGCCAAGAAGAGAAAGCUUCUGUUUGGAUGGGUCUGUGAUGGCAAAGAGACAGGAGAGCACUACAAGUCCAUGGUGGAGACUGUCUCCCUGAAGAAGUCUGAGGGUGUCACCAGCACUUGGCUGACAAAGAACCAGGCACUGCAGCACUGGGGCAAAGAAGAGCUACAAGAAAGAGUGGCCUCUGGAAGUAUAGUGGCCAGGAAGGACCCUUCUGACUCCAAGUACUGGCAGUUCAAGGCCAACACUGAGGAGUCUAAGGUGUUUGUGAACAGGGAGAAAGCUGUGUCCUGGGCCAAGAAGGGCAAGAGCAACAACAAGGAGCUGAGCAAACUGCUUCAGACCCAGGGCCUGGAGAAGCUGACCGAGAGGCCAGCUGGCUUGGCUGAAGCUUUGGGCAACAAGUCUGAGAAGAGCACCCAGGAGAAAAAAGAGAAGAAGGAGAAUAAGAAGGACAAGUGGGAGGAGAUAUCCCAGGUAUGUGAAGAUGAGAGCCAAAGUCAGCUGCAAAGCAGACUGAUGAGCUUCAAGGUGGAGCUGAUCAAGGACUUGGCAGUGUUGGAUGGCUACACCCAUGAGAAGGGCCUGGCAAAGUCCUUGCUCAAGGAGGCUGUGCAGGAACACAAACGAGGGCAAGCUGUUGUGUCCCUGCUGGCCAAGCUGCACAAGAGCAAAGCCAAGAAGAAAGAAGCAAAGCCAGCCCUCCAGACAGCCCUGACAACUCUGAGGGCCUUGAAGGCCAAGAAGCUCCAAGUGGCCAAAGCCUUGAAGGAGUUGAACUGGGCUGGACAACCCAAGGUCAAAGUUAAGUUGGGCUGGACAGCCCCUGCCAAGGUUAAGAAGUUCAGCAUAGGAAAGCUAUCUGCCCUAGAAGUGCAGGAGGUCGCUUCAGCUGCAGUGAAGAGUGGUGCUGACAAUGCAGAGAUGAGAGCCCUGCAAGGAUUAGGAGGUAUGGGGCAUGCAAGAGGAAAUGUUCACAGGGACUUGGUGAGAAAAUAUUUCUCACUGCUGCUGUCCCCAGAGCCAUGGGAAAUCCAAUGCCCCUUGGCUGUGAAGCAAGGGGGGCACAGGAUUGAGAAGGAAGCAUCUACUCACAUGUUGCUGCCCCAUCUUUGGGUGAUUGAGGCCCAGGAGAACAACUUCUUGGGUAACCUGUGCUGCAAGGAUGAGGAGAUUGCUGCCUUUUGGAAGAGUCAAAUGAAGAGCCCCCAAAUGACACCUGAGCUGAAACAAGUGAUAAAGACUUCACAGCCAAGCCAGCUCCCAGUACCAUACCUCUUGCAUGGAGAUGCAGCACCCUUCACAGAAGUGGACAGUAUCCAAGUCCUGAGCUUCAGGUGCCUGCUCUCCAGCAAAGCAGUGACCCAAAGCCAGAUGCUCAUCUCUGCCCUGCCAAAGCUGGCCAUGACCAAGGAGACCUGCAAGAGGAUGAUGGAAGUUUUGGCUUGGUCUUGGCAAGUGCUAUGGGAUGGAGUGGUGCCCAAAAAGGAUAAGGCUGGGGACCCCAUUGAGAAGCACAGAGGUAAGAGGAUGAGAAAGGGGGUGCUGUGGUCAGUGAGUGGAGAUUUGGAAUGGUUUGCAUCAGAAUUUGGCUUUCCAUAUUCUGCAGCCAAUAUGCUUUGCCCCUUCUGCCUGGCAGAUCAAUUCAAGGAGGGGAGCCCCAGACCUUUCACAGACUUCAGGGCCACAGCAGCCUGGAGACAGACUACUCUACCUCCAGCCAAACUUCAGAAGAAAUUUGCAGGUCACCCACUUUUUAGAGGAGGAGGAGGAGCUCCACAUGCAUCAGCUUUGAGCAUUAAGUUGGAUAUACUACAUGUGCUUGACCUGGGAGUGGCAGCCUAUGCCCAUGGCUCCUUGCUGUGGAGCAUUAUGGAAGAGCUGCCAGGAGCAAGCAGAGCUGUGAGGCUAGCCAACUUGAACCAAAAAGUGGUGGAGGCCUAUGACAAGGUUGGGCUGGAAGCCCAAAAGAGGAUGAAGCACUUGUCUUUGUCAGACCUAGCAGAAACUGCAGAAGAAUACCCCUGCCUGAAACAUGUCAAAGGAGCAAAAAUUCGCUACUUUGCCCCUGCAGCCUUCGAGUUGGCCAAGGAGUGCAAUGAGACCAAGAGUGGGAAGCACAGAGAAGCACUGGCUAAGCAGUUGGUGAAAGUGUACAAGAUUCUUGGAAGCAGUUGGGAGGAUUGGGACUUUGAAGCUUUCAAGAAAGCAGUGGACGACUUCAUGGCCCACUACAGCUGGCUGGCAGCCAAUGCAUUGCAUGAAGGCUUGCACCUCUGGAGUUUAGUUCAGAAAUCCCAUGUUUUGCUUCACCUGGCAGAGCAGAGCAAAUUCAUGCACCCCUGCCUGAAUUGGACAUAUGGGAGUGAAUCCUUCAUGGGCUGGACAGUCCAAAUCGGUGGAGACUUGACCCACAUGAGAACAGCCAAGUUCUGGUGCCUCCUCCAGGCCUGGAAGAAGAUGAUGUGCAAGGAGAAAAUGAUGGGCAAGGAGAAGAUGAGAGGCAAGGAGAAAGCACACAAGCUGAAGAAGGGCCCCAGUGUGAAGAAGAAAGCAAAGAACCUGAAGGAAAUUAGGCGCUACCGCGACAGCACCCACAGACAUGGAACUGGUCAUGGAGAGCCAACGUUGAAGUCUUCUGGAGAACAGGAGAAAUACCUGGAGGCCACCACCAGUGCCAAGGAAGGAAGCUUGGCCAAGAAGAGAAAGCUUCUGUUUGGAUGGGUCUGUGAUGGCAAAGAGACAGGAGAGCACUACAAGUCCAUGGUGGAGACUGUCUCCCUGAAGAAGUCUGAGGGUGUCACCAGCACUUGGCUGACAAAGAACCAGGCACUGCAGCACUGGGGCAAAGAAGAGCUACAAGAAAGAGUGGCCUCUGGAAGUAUAGUGGCCAGGAAGGACCCUUCUGACUCCAAGUACUGGCAGUUCAAGGCCAACACUGAGGAGUCUAAGGUGUUUGUGAACAGGGAGAAAGCUGUGUCCUGGGCCAAGAAGGGCAAGAGCAACAACAAGGAGCUGAGCAAACUGCUUCAGACCCAGGGCCUGGAGAGGCCAGCUGGCUUGGCUGAAGCUUUGGGCAACAAGUCUGAGAAGAGCACCAAGGAGAAAAAAGAGAAGAAGGAGAAUAAGAAGGACAAGUGGGAGGAGAUAUCCCAGGUAUGUGAAGAUGAGAGCCAAAGUCAGCUGCAAAGCAGACUGAUGAGCUUCAAGGUGGAGCUGAUCAAGGACUUGGCAGUGUUGGAUGGCUACACCCAUGAGAAGGGCCUGGCAAAGUCCUUGCUCAAGGAGGCUGUGCAGGAACACAAACGAGGGCAAGCUGUUGUGUCCCUGCUGGCCAAGCUGCACAAGAGCAAAGCCAAGAAGAAAGAAGCAAAGCCAGCCCUCCAGACAGCCCUGACAACUCUGAGGGCCUUGAAGGCCAAGAAGCUCCAAGUGGCCAAAGCCUUGAAGGAGUAG